UCAACGUCAAUUUCAAACAAAAACUAUAGUUUAGUUACCUAGCUAGUUAUAAAUUGCAAGGAUUUCAUGAUACAACCAAAACCGAAAAUAUGGUAUUUUCUAAAUGAAAUUGAUAAACAGCGGAAUACCCCGUGAAUUUAAGGAUAUAGUGCAUUGUAUUUACAUGUCUAAAGAUAUUUCUUAUGUAAUAUGAAAACAUAACCUGAAAUGGCUACAAAAAUAUUGAGAAAUAUUUUACAGACGAAACCGUCGCGUAUUAUUUUUCGAAGAUGGGAAAGUUCUGAUAAUAAAGUAGCGAUAUAUGACCCUUUUUCUACGAAAGUUAAGAAAGACAAGGAAACCUAUCUUCAGGUUAUAAAAAUGUUUGAAGAGAGAGAUACAAGGAGAAGAGGACAUGUAGAAUUUAUUUAUGCUGCUCUAGCAAGAAUGAAAGAAUUUGGAGUUCAAAAAGAUUUGGAAGUUUAUAAAGCCCUUGUAGACGUGUUGCCCAAGGGAAAAUUCAUACCACAGAAUAUUUUCCAAUCAGAAUUUAUGCACUAUCCAAAGCAACAGCAAUGUGCUGUGGAUCUUCUUGAACAAAUGGAGGAUAACAGUGUAAUGCCAGACACAGAAAUGGAGCAAAUGUUGCUUAAUGUAUUUGGACGUCGUGGUAUACCUCUAAGAAAGUUCUGGAGAAUGAUGUACUGGAUGCCUAAAUUCAAGUACCUCAGUCCUUGGUAUCUCCCUGAUAAACUGCCCGAUGACACACUGGAACUGGCCAAGCUUGCUAUUGAGAGAAUCACAUCUGUUGAUGCUGACACUAGAAUUUCAGUUUGGCAGACAGAAGAAAUUGAGGCCUCAUUAGACAAGACAUGGAUUGUCAGCGCUCAAAGUGGAGCUCAGCAGGUGCUGUUAGCGGAGCAACCUGAAGAUGAACCACUUGUUGUGAAAGGACCCUAUAUGGUUUACUUGAGAGACCAAACAGUGAAUUAUUUCCUCCUUAUUGGAAAAAUAAGACCAGAAAUCAAAGAUGACACUGAUCCUGAUGAUGUAUCCAACAUUGAGAAACCUUCUGGUAUUCCCGGGUUUAUAGGAAGCACAAAGCUACCCUCAAUAAGAAACACAUUACAUGAACAGGACGAUGGAACAAUAGUAUCAGUCUGUGCCACAGGCACUUCAUCUCGUGAUUCCUUAUUGUCAUGGAUUAGAUUACUAGAAAAGAAUGAUAACCCAGUGUUAUCAAGUAUUCCUGUGAUAUUUACACUGACAGCACCUCCAUCAGACAUUGCUGUGCAAGAAACUCAGCCGGCCAUACAAGACGAGGGAAAAGAAAAAAAUUAAUGCUAACGUACAAAUUAAUUCUAUACCUUGUUAAAUUGUUUAAUAUAGAGGUGAAUUAUAUAUAUUUCAUUGUUUAAAUUAA